UUUCUUUCUCACUCCUACGGAAAAAUAAUGGGCUCGACCUCUCUCACUACUACAACAGACUCAGGAGGCAGCUCCUCCUCCUCCCCACCCAACAACAACUCCACCGACGACUCCCUCCACGGCCUCAAAUUCGGCCGCAAAAUCUACUUCGAGGAUGGAACUCUCGCUCCCCCCAAAUCCGGGUCUUCCUCCUCCGCCGGGGUCAAGAAGCAGCGGAGCAGCGGCGGCGGUGGGUUCGUCCAUCAUGGUCAGCCCCCGAGGUGCCAGGUGGAGGGGUGUAACGUAGAUCUGAGUGAUGUUAAGGCUUACUAUUCCCGGCACAAAGUGUGUGCCAUGCACUCCAAGACCCCUACCGUUGUUGUUGCCGGACUUGAGCAGCGCUUUUGCCAGCAGUGCAGCAGGUUUCAUCAGCUUCCUGAAUUUGACCAAGGUAAGCGUAGUUGCCGUAGACGUCUGGCUGGUCAUAAUGAGCGUAGGAGAAAGCCACAACCUGGAUCCAUGAUGUCUACACGUUUUGGUCGUCUCUCUUCGUCUAUUUAUGAAAACAGCAACCGGGUUGGAAGCUUUCUAAUGGACUUCACGGCAUAUCCAAGGGAUGGGAGAGAUGCAUGGGCAACUGCAAGAACUUCUGAGCGGCCACCUGCAAAUCAAACUGUCACUGCUACUGGAAAGUUUCUUCAACAUCAAUGGCAGAGCAACCCUGAGAAUAAUCGAUCCAAUCUUUACCUGCAAGGGUCAGCAGGUGGUACCAGUUAUCCUGGUCCUGGAAUUCCUCCGGGAGAAUGCGUCACAGGAGUCACUGACUCGAGUUGUGCUCUCUCUCUUCUGUCAAGUCAACCGUGGGCCUCUAGAAACCGAGGUGUUGGGACAAAUGCCUUCUUAAACACCCAAGGGGCACCCAUGGCUCAAUCAAUAUCUAAUGCUGGCCCUGUCAAUCCAUUUCCAACCACAUCCUGGGGUUUUAAGGGAAAUGAGGCUGGUAGUAGUUCGCAUGAGAUGCUUCCUGAUCUGGGUCUUGGUCAAAUCUCGCAGCCCCUUAACAGUCAUUACUCUGGUGAGCUCGAGUUGUCUCAACAGGGAAGGAGGCAGCAAAAUAUGGAGCUUGGAAACUCCAGGGGUUACUCCAGGGGCUAUGACUCCUCCAGUCAGCAGAUUCAUUGGUCUCUUUAAAAGUGGCCUUUCAGUGUCUAUUUGUAAUCCAAGCCUAAAACUUGAUAACUUUCACUGGUACCCGAGUUGACGCUACUUUUAUGUGUUAAGACUAAGAAUAUGAUUUAUCAGGGUUUAGCCUUCAAGGCUUGAAC